ACCCCUGUACAGAUCCUUCCCUCUAGGGGUCAGGGGGGUAACCUCAGGGGAGGCCAGUCUCAGAUUGGUAAAUACCUGAACCGGUCAACUCUCAAGAGACCAUCUGGCUCCAGUUCCUGACUGGGCCUGCAAGUGAGGAUGGCCAGGCCUCUGGAGCAGGCGGUAGCUGCCAUCGUGUGCACCUUCCAGGAGUAUGCCGGGCGCUGUGGGGACAAACACAAGCUCUGCCAGGCUGAGCUCAAGGAGCUGCUGCAGAAGGAGCUGCCCACCUGGACCCCGACCGAGUUUCGGGAGUGUGACUACAACAAAUUCAUGAGUGUUCUGGACACCGACAAGGACUGCGAGGUGGACUUUGUGGAGUACGUGCGCUCACUGGCCUGUCUCUGUCUCUACUGCCACGAGUACUUCAAGGACUGCGCCCCAGAGCCCCCCUGCCCCCAGUAGCCUCCGCUACUACUCCCCCACCCUCUCUCCUGCACCCCUUCCAAUCUGGACUUGCCAAGGUCUUCCGUGAUCAGUUAACCCAUUUUACCCAGGAUGCCCAGCGAGGGAGGGGUAGAGCCACUCUGGGCCCCAGCCUGCCCGCCGCACCCCUACUGCCUCCCCUGUGGUUGGGAGGAGGCGGGAUCUGCUCUGAGACCCCAGUGAGACCUCGAUGGGAAGGGGCCUAUUUAACUCCUAAUAAAAGGCUGGCAUCA